AUGAUUAUAGGUGAUUUUAUUCGUCAAUCUCGUCAAUUACGUAAAGCUCGUAAACAAGAUAUAAAAGCUCGUUUUGAAAAAUUUGAUUUAAAUCCUUCAACAACACAUCGUUCACAUUUUACAUUUAUAUUUGAUCCAAGUGGUCGUUUAUCAUAUUAUUGGACAUCAAUUAUAAGUCUUGCAUUUCUUUAUAAUUUUUGGAUAAUUAUAUUUCGUUUUUCAUUUUAUGAAUUAACAUCAGAAAAUUUUAUAUUAUGGUUUAUAUUUGAUUAUUCAUGUGAUUUUAUUUAUUUAAUGGAUAUUGUAUUUAAUUUUCGUACAGCUUAUUUAGAAGAAGGUGUUUUACAAACAGAUCCAAUUAAAUUACGUCAUUAUUAUAUGAAUACAACAAGAUUUUAUAUUGAUUGUCUUUGUUUAAUGCCAUUAGAUUUUCUUUAUUUAUCAAUUGGUUUUAAAUCAAUUGUUCGACUUUUUCGUUUAGUUAAAAUUUAUCGAUUUUGGACAUUUUUGGAUCGAACUGAACGACAUACAAAUUAUCCAAAUUUAUUUCGUACACUUGUUAUGAUACAUUAUUUAUUAGCUAUAUUUCAUUGGAAUGCAUGUUUAAUAUAUAUAUUACAAACACGAUCAAAAUUAGGUGCAACAAAACGUUUUUCAUUUACAAUUAAUGAUAGUGGUUUAGAUUAUUUUAAAGCUUUAUAUUGGUCAAUAACAACAUUAACUUUAACACAAAAUCAAGAAACUAAACCAACAUCAAAAGAAGAAUAUAUUUUUUUAAGUAUUCAAAUAAUUUUUGCUUUAUUAUUAUUUGCAACAAUUAUGGGACAUGUUGCAUCUAUUGUAUCUAAUUUAAGUAAUGCAAGAAAAGAUUUUCAAGCUAAAUUAGAUGCUGUUAAAACAUAUAUGUCAUUAAGACGUGUACCAAAUAAUCUUGAAGAUCGUGUUAUUCGAUGGUUUGAUUAUUUAUGGAUGAGUCAUAAAUCUGUUGAUGAUAAUCAUGUUCUAUCAUUAUUACCCUAUAAACUUCGUGCUGAAAUAGCUAUUCAUGUUCAUUUAGAUACUUUAAAACGAGUUGAAAUAUUUCAAAAUACAGAAGCUGGUUUUUUAAAUGAAUUAGUUUUACGUCUUAAACCGGUUCUGUUUUCUCCAGGUGAUUUUAUUUGUCGUAAAGGUGAAGUUGGAAAAGAAAUGUAUAUUGUUAAUCGAGGAAAAUUACAUGUUAUGGCUGACAAUAAUAAAACUGUUUUAGCAACAUUAAAAGCUGGUUCAUAUUUUGGUGAAAUCAGUAUUUUAAAUAUGGGUAGUGGAAAUCGUCGAACAGCAUCAGUACGAUCAGUUGGAUAUUCAGAUUUAUUUUGUCUUUCGAAAGAAGAUCUAUGGGAAGUAUUAAAAGAAUAUCCAGCUGUACGUGUUAAACUUGAAUCAAUAGCUGUUAAACGUCUUGAAAAACAUAAAAAACCAUUAAUACAACAAAUUAAUCUUAAACGAAGUAAAAGUACACCGGGUUUAAUUGAAGCAAGUUGUCGUCUUCCAUUUCAUGUUCCUCUACGUCGAACAGGUAGUGGUAUACAACGUCGUUCAUCAAUUAAAGAAUCUGAUAUAAAAACAAUUAUAUCAUUGAAUCCACCAUCUGAUCCUCAACAACAAUUAAAUUCUUCAAAUUCUUUAUUAACUGUUGCACCACUUGCUUCAUCAAUAAGUGUAACAUCAUCAGACAUUGAACAUUUAAAAAAAACACACUGA